AGUUCCAUUCUGGGUUUGAGUCCUGGUCGGUCCUACCCCCUAGUUCCAUUCUGGGUUUGAGUCCUGGUCGGUCCUACCCCUGGCUUCAUUGUGAUCCAAACUGCUCUCAUCUCUCCCUCAGCUGCCAACGUCCUGCUGUCGGAGCGUGGGGAGGUGAAGCUGGCAGACUUUGGGGUGGCAGGACAGCUAACAGACACCCAGCUCAAACGCAGCACCUUCGUUGGCACGCCCUUCUGGAUGGCUCCAGAGGUCAUCAAGCAGUCAGCCUACGACUGUAAGGCAGACAUCUGGUCUCUGGGUAUAACAUGUAUAGAGCUGGCUAAAGGAGAACCCCCACACUCUGAGCUACACCCGAUGAAAGUGCUGUUCCUUAUCCCAAAGAACACCCCUCCUACCCUGGAGGGGAACUACAGCAAGCCCCUCAAGGAGUUUGUGGAGGCCUGCCUAAACAAGGAGCCAAGCUUCAGGCCCACUGCCAAAGAGCUGUUGAAACACAAGCUGAUUGUGCGUCACGCCAAGAAGACAUCGUACCUGACAGAGCUGGUGGAUAGAUACAGGAGGUGGAAGGCUGAGCAGACCAGACAGCAGGCAGAGUCCAGCUCAGACGAGUCUGACUCGGAGCAGGAUGGGCAGGCGUCAGGCGGGAACAACUUUGGGAGUGAUGACUGGAUCUUCACCAUCAGAGAGAAGGAUCCUAAGAAACUGCAGAACGGGGGAGAGGGACAGGAAGUGGAGAGUGGAGGCAUUUCAGGGAGGCUGUUUUCCACCAUCAUCUCUCCUUCUCUGGCCGAAUUGAAGCAGCGUCAGGAGGCAGUGAAUGGGAACCCCAUGGCUCUAGAUGAACUGAGAGAAGCUAUUCUCCUAGCUGAGGAGGCCUACCCUGGGAUCUCUGACUCCCUGGUCACACAGCUGGUUAACAGACUGCAGAGAUUUUCUUCAGGCAGGAAGUCUUCGUGCUCUUCUCCCUAGUGAUUGGCUCUCUGCCCCAGCCCGCCUCUCCCAGGUCCCGCCCCCUGUCUGUGGUCCAGUCAGAGGUUAGAGGUCAGCCUGGAUAACACCAUAGGUGUCCGUCACACAUUCCUGCUGGAGAACCCUGAACACACCCGACGCUUGGUGAUCAACUCCAAGGCCUCUUUUAGUAACUUGAUAAACCUGUGGAGAUCAGAGGGGGCAGUAGAGCCCAGUCACUCUGUUAACACUGCUGGAGAAUUAACCCAAGAGCAAGGAGACACUGCUUCUCAGAGGAGGACCCAUCAGUA